CAGUCAAAGUUUGUCAAACAAAUCAAUCCCCUACCUGAACUAUUCAUAUUAGCCAGUUACUGAUGACUAAUUUUAUUCCAUAAUAUAUUCAACUAAAUAAAGUUUUUAGUAAUUAUAUGUACCCAUUUAUCCAUUUGUUAUGGACUUUAAUUGAUUAGCAGUAUACAAUGGCUGGAAAAGAUGAAGAUGAAGUUAUAUUGCAAACGUUUAUGGUGAAGCGGUCUCAGAAUAAGAAGUUAUUUACUCCAGUUAACUACAAAGAGCGAUUGAUUGUUUUGACGAGUCGUGCUCUUAUUUAUUAUGAUGGAGAUGGGGAAAAGCGCAGAGAGUGUGGGCGCAUUGAAACGGACACCAUCCAUACUGUGGAACAAGCGCAGUUGGGUGAAUACAGCAAACAAAUACCGGAUGGUGACGGUGACAAAAGUCCUACAUACAACUAUCCAUUCCAGGUAGGCUACACUGAGCAGAGCAACGAAUAUACUCUGUACCUUGUUGCCAGCGAUCACGCGGAGCGAUUACAGUGGAUUAGCGAGAUCAGGGCUGUUUGCGUGUGCAAGGUAAGACGCACACGUUAUCACCCGGCCGCGUGGUCAGCGCGCCGCUGGUCGUGUUGCGACGCGGAAAGGCGCUCGGCCCCGGGCUGCGCCCUCGCUACGCUUUGGCCACUUCCGGAACCUGAGAUAGAGCUCAUAGCUCACACACCGGAAAGGAAGACUUCGAACGACAUCACAUCGGUCACAGCGGCAGUCACGAUGCCCGGGGGAGGGGGUGCCCCUCCCGGUACACCAUCGACUAAACCAAAGGAUAAACCAAGAAAUAAAAUUGUCGUAGCACUGUAUCCAUUCAAGGCGAUUGAAAGUGGCGAUCUUUCAUUAGAAAAGGGCGCUGAAUACGAAGUUAUUGACGAUUCACAGGAGCAUUGGUGGAAAGUUAAAGAUGAAAAUGGGUCCAUUGGAUAUAUACCUAGUAAUUAUGUUAAGGAAAAGGAAACGAUUGGAUUACAGAAAUAUGAAUGGUACGUUGGCGAAAUGUCUCGACAGCAUGCCGAAACAUUGCUUAAACAGGAGGAUAAAGAAGGCUGUUUCGUUGUACGCAACUCUUCCACUAAGGGCAUGUACACACUCUCGUUGUAUACCAAAUUUAAUCAUCCACAAACAAAACACUACCACAUAAAGCAGAAUGCACGCGGCGAGUUCUACUUAUCGGACAAGCAUUGCUGUCCAAGCAUACCAGAGCUGAUCAAUUAUCACAAGCAUAACAGCGGCGGGCUGUGCUCGCGACUCAAGACGAGCCCCUGCGACCGGCUCGUGCCGCCCACUAUUCCCUCGCAUGACAAAUGGGAGAUAGAUCCAUCUGAGUUGGUAUUGCUAGAGGAGUUAGGCGCGGGUCAGUUCGGAGUAGUGCGGCGUGGCAAGUGGUGCGGCCGCAUCGACACCGCCGUCAAGAUGAUGAAGGAGGGCACCAUGUCCGAGGAUGACUUCAUUGAUGAAGCCAAGGUUAUGACAAAAUUGCAACACCAAAAUCUAGUUCAGCUAUACGGCGUGUGCUCCAAACACCGACCUAUUUAUAUUGUGACUGAGUACAUGAGGCACGGUUCAUUGUUCAACUAUCUUCGUCGGACGUCCCCCGACCAGCUGGGACCCGCCGUGUUACUCGACAUGUGCAUACAAGUUUGCAAAGGAAUGGCGUAUUUAGAACGACAUAACUAUAUACAUCGUGAUUUAGCUGCAAGAAAUUGCUUGGUUGGAGAUGAAAAUGUAGUAAAGGUAGCAGAUUUCGGUCUGGCGCGAUAUGUCUUAGACGAUCAAUAUACGAGUUCUGGCGGAACAAAAUUCCCUAUCAAAUGGGCGCCGCCAGAGGUUCUCAAUUAUACUAGGUUCUCAUCGAAAUCUGAUGUUUGGGCUUUUGGAGUCCUUAUGUGGGAGGUAUUUACCUGCGGCCAGGUUCCAUACGGUCGAAUGAAGAACGCUGAAGUUGUGGAUAUGGUACAGAAAGGACAAGUUCUUGAGAAACCUAAAGGCUGUUUGAAUGAAAUAUACAAUAUAAUGCGCAUGUGCUGGCGACACAUGCCGGACGACCGGCCAUCAUUCCGAGUGCUGAAAGACAAGCUGAUGACCAUCGCGCAGAGCGUGCUAGCCGAUUGACUGCGCCUACUGCUGCAGCUGCUGCGGCCCGCCCCGCCGCUGCCUACUCCGCAUCCUCACCAGCCCGCAGCACGCAGCCCCACCGCCACGCUACCGCGCGCGCGUCGACUACACGCCGCCUCGCCGGUCUGAGUGCAGCCGCCACGUACGUAAGGCUGUCGGGCUCGCAGUAUACGUUAGUGUUGCCACUUCAGACGAAAGAUUCGUUACACAAAUUCUGAAUGUGGUUGUACUUAUACAUUUUUUACUGUGAGCGAUGGUGCUGAUCCCGCCUGAUGUUAUACUAUACGUUGGCGAAGCACCAGUGUAAGAUGAGGAUAAAAUUAAGUCAGGUUACUUAGUUCGUUGUGACGGAUUCGCAAGGAAUUAACUUAGAUUGUUUCUACGAAACGUAGAAGUCAACCUGACGGGACACAUGGUUAGUAAUGCAGAUUUCAUUACUAACAAUUGACUAAAUGAUAUGGGUACAUUUAUUUGUACAGAGAGCCAAGAAUCUCGGGUAGCGAUCUCGUAUAGGAAUGUGGAGUAAGGUGGUUGCAUGUAAACUGUAAUUGAAAGUAUUACCCUUGAGUAUUAUUUUCAUUGCUUAGUUAGUGAUUGGUUAAAAAAGGUGAAAAGUUUAUAAUGGAUGAAUCAAUGAGAUAGUGCUCUCCCAUUCAAAACAAAAAGGUGGGAUCUGGAUUAUCUGCUGCAAUCUGAAUCAAAUGUAAAAAUAUUUAGAUACUGGUUCAAAUUCUGAUUAGGAUAGUCAGAAAGUGGCAACAGUGAUUUGGUUUAUCUAGUAAUAAAGUGCCGUCCGUCUCGUAACCUCACUGGCUAAAGGUAGCCACAGGCAUAAAUUAUGAUUACGUAUCUGCAGACAACAACCCAUAAUGAUAAAUUCUCUCAGGUAUAAAUGAUUGUAAAGUUAAUGUAUAUUUCAAGUGUAAACUGUAAAAAGAUUUAACUGAAUGUUUCAAUUUUGAAAUAUUAUCAGAUGUUUCGUAUUUGGCAAUCUUUAUUAUGUGUUACAUGUUUACAUUGGUCUAUGUAGAACAAAGUUCUAAGUCUAUGAAAUUGUUUUCAAAAGAGAAGCGUAGAGAGAUGGGUAGUUAUGAUGUCUGGGAUGACGUGUUUGAAUUAGAAGUUAAGUUAGAAUUACUUCAAUAAAUUAUUGUUGGUUGAGACUAUCGCUGUCUUUUACAGACUUGGACGCACACAAUAAAAUUAACGAGUAUUAUUUUAUGAUAUUUGAUUAUGUAAAAACUUAUACACUUCAUUACAACACUCUAAAAAUAGAGUAUCUAAUUGUAAAUAAUUCGUUUAUAUAUACAUAGUGACACAUGGUACAGCUUACCAUUAGUGAACUCAUAAGUUUCAACUAAACAGAAUUCCUAUUUAAUAAAUUAUUAAUAUAACUCACAUCGAAUUUGACAAUAAACUUAUUUUAAUCAGAAAUAGAAACAUGUUAUAUUUUAUAUCUGGUUAAAUUAAGUGUUAUGUGACUACAUAUAUUAUGGAAUUGAAUUAAUAUUUUACUACCCAUAAAAUGAUUUAGGAAUUAGUUUCGUUUGUAGAUUUGGAUUUCAAUGUGCCAGAAGUAAAGAGGUAUUUAAAUUAGAAACGCUUGCCGCCAAUAUAUUAAGCUCAUACGCCAGUGCCAGACUUUCUGUUGACAAUGUAUUGGUCUUUCGCAAGAAACAAAUUCAAUGUGAUAACGGUAAAUAAAUAUUGAGCCUAAUUGGAAUUGGUCAACUUAAGAAUCUAUAUUAAUAUAGGAUACCAAUAUUAUAGGUCUAAAAAUAAAAAUGUAGUACAGAAAUGUAAAAACAUUAAGCGGAUCUCGAGUUGCAUCAAUGACUCAAACUAUUGUCUAGUCCGCACCGCGUAUUCGUGGAAGAAUUUCAAUGUAGUUUAGUAAGUAAUGGUAGGCAACCAACAGACUGACUUUUGACAAAAAAUUGGGCUUAAAUCGAAAUCAUAUUAUAAUAUUUAUCUUUUCGUUUACAUAUAUUUCUGUAUUUUAUGGUUCCGACACAAAAAGCUAAACUGGGAACCUUUAUGUUGCAACUUUGUCCGUCCGUAUUUCACAGCGUUAUAUUCUGAAAUUUAUUGAUUUCAAUUUAUAUUCGAUAUCGGCUCGAUGGAUUUUAAAUACCUUAUGAAUCUUGUCAAUUUGAUUUCGAUUCAGUCUCAAAAGUCAGUCUGCAGAUUUUACGGUGAUAUUAAUGAUUUCUCAUCCUCAUAUCAUUAUCAAAGUUAUAUAUACAGUACUGCUGUAGGUAUUUAAUAUCUUAGGUAUUAUCAAAGUUUGUAAAUUAAUUAUUAAGCUGUCUUUUCCUGAAAAAAAAAAAAAUUGUGAGUUAAUUCUGUCACUGCUACAAAUUUAUAUAAUUAUUAAUCCUAUUCUCCUAUGUACACAUAAUAAUAUUUUUUAAAACAAUACAGUAUUCGUAGUACAUUCCUUUUAUACUAGUCAUGAUUAGCGAAUGGUUGUCAAGUAUUUUGAUUACACAAGUAGUUCGGUAAUUUUUGAUUAGUACGAUACUGUUAUGUUAUUUGCGUUUGUAGGAAUCUAUAAUGUCACGAGUGAUAUAGUAUGGAGCUUAUUUCACUUUGGUUGAGUAAAUUUCGUCCCAAUAAGGAGAUGUCAGGUGGUAUUUUAUAUUAUGAUAGAUAUAGUAUAGUGGAUUGUAUGAUAGUGUUGGGUCGCGAUUUACUUCGCCGUGAAAGGGGCCUUAGUUGAUACGGCAGUGACACUUUUAGAAAUGUGCCAAUUAUUCCACACAUCCUGUAUACAUUUAGGACAUUGUUUAAGGAAUUUAUGACUGAAUAUUAUUAAAUUUUGAGUAAAGGAUAUACCUUUAGAGAUCCUUUUUUUGACACUUACAACUCAUAAAAUUAUGAGUAGUAUAAACAAUAGUAUUUUAAUUUUCGAAUAUGUUGUAAAUGUGUUUUUGUUGUGAUAAUUUUUAUUAGGACUUAGUAAUAGUUUUUUAAGUAUAUUACUUAUAGUGAUAGAUAAAAAAGACUAAUUUGAAAUUAUGAAACAUGGCAUUUUUUUCAAUCCGAAUUUUUAAAAUGUAAAAAUGAUUUCAAGACUUUGAACAGUACAGUAAGAAUUUAGUAGGAAUGUUAACUAUGAACAUUAUCAUAGAUACCAUGUGCAAAUAGUGUAAUUUGCUUCAUAAUUGUACAGUCAAUAUUCAUUUGUAUAACGUGUUUUGUAAACUACUAUUAAGCAAGUAAAA